UCUUUCUGCGCGUUAUAGUGAUGAGGGAUUUUUCAACAUUAGAUGCAAAGGGAUGCGUCUUUAUGGUGGUUCACAAUAUCAUUCGGGCAAUGGCUGAAUUUUGUUUUGUAUUUGGAGGAAUCAAGUGUCCUCCAAUAUCUCGGGAAGGAAUUGUAAAUGGUUGCGGAGUUGAAGACAUUUAUGACGGGACAAACUACUCUAGGACUGCUUGUGUAAUUGUUGUUGCAAAGGCUCAUGACACAUUUGAAGCUUUUCUUCAUCAGUUGGGGUCUAGAUUGUUGCAUAUACUUAAGAGAUUGCUCCCAAUUUCUUUUUAUCUUCUUCAGAUGUAUGGAGGACUUGGUGAGCACCACACACAAUAA